UCCAGCAACACUACAAGACUUCUUGUAUACAAGACAUAAGGAAUCAAACAAGAAUGGUGUCCGCCGGGAUGCAGAUGCUGGGCACGGCCCUGGCCAUCAUUGGCUGGAUCAUGGCCAUCGUGGUGUGUGCUCUUCCCAUGUGGAAGGUCACAGCCUUCAUCGGGCAGAACAUUGUGACGGCGCAGACUAACUGGGAGGGCAUCUGGAUGAGUUGCGUGGUUCAGAGCACUGGGCAGAUGCAGUGUAAGGUCUACGACUCCAUGCUGGCCCUCAGCUCAGACCUGCAGGCCGCUCGGGCCCUCUGCGUCAUCUGUAUUCUGGUUGGGCUGGUAGGAAUCCUGCUGGCCAUGGCUGGCGGAAAGUGCACCAACUGCGUGGAGGACGAAAGCGCCAAGGCCAAGGUGGGCAUUGCGUCCGGCAUCGUCUUCAUCGUCUCUGGCUUGCUGUGUCUCAUUCCCGUCUGCUGGACAACCAACACCAUCAUCCGGGACUUCUACAACCCAGUGGUCGCUAGCUCGCAGAAGAUGGAGCUUGGAGCUUCUCUGUACAUUGGUUGGGCCGCAGCCAGCUUGAUGAUCAUCGGAGGAGCCUUGCUCUGCUGUAACUGCCCACCAAGGGACAACUAUGCGGCCAAGUACUCGGCAGCCAAGUCAGGUCCCAAGGGAUACGUGUGAGAAGAUGCUUUGAAUUCGGACUUGAUGUGGUCAUCAUGGUACACUGUAUAUUGGUCAGCUGCUGUGUGUUUAACUAUGUUGUAUCAUAAGGUGCCAAGCAAAGAGAGGUGUAACGAACAAUGGCCUAACAGGCUGUAACGGGAGUUUGGUGUGUCACUUUUUCAUUUAUAUUUACUUUUGUUAUACAUGCAUACAUUGAUUUUCAAUGCUGUAAUGUGUCAUUAAAUCAUUUCAAAUGUGCACGAAACUGUAUUUUAAUCAUUAUAAAGUUGAUGGCAUUUUUUAACAUAACAUUUCUUUUUUUACAUUGUAUUUUUUUUUUUUAAUGUGGUGCAAAUUACUUGUUCCUCUGCUGUAUUUGACUGUAAAUAAUUUUUUUUAAAAUAAAACACUAAAGUGGUUUCAAAAUCCCGAUGAGAACUUUUAUGUGUGAAGAGUACUGUAAAUCAUACUUUUUGUAAUAGAGCUGGUGAUGUCAACACUUUUUUAUUUCAGUUUUUCAAUAGUACAGUAAGAGGCCACUCCACAUCAGUGGAAACAAAGCAGAUCUCAGUAUCUGAAUCCUUUUGGGAAAAAGAAGAUAUUAAAAAGUUUUUAACUGUAAAAAGUUCUGAAGACUUUUUUAGGAAAAACAUGAGGUCUCCUCGUCUAAUUUUACUGUUUUCAGCAUUCUAGAAGGAUAAUGGAGACAGCAUGUAACAUAACCCUUACAAGGAUAAUAAAUAAUAACACAUUA